AUUUUUCCCUGUGACUUCGCUUCGCGGCGGGUCGAAUGAAAACAGUCCUCCUCUGUUUUGACGACAAGCUCAAUCUCUGAGCGAUAUAACCAACAACGACGACGACGUGCGGAAGGUCACACCGUACCGGCGCACCACGCAGGUAUUAAUAAUCGACCUCCCCUCAGACUGGCGCUCUCGCGCGUAGAGCGGCAAAGAACUGUGCCUUCACUACAAGCAUUGUUUUAGUUGCUUGAAGGGAGCAGCGGUGGAAUUGAGACUACAUGUAAUUGGGAGUCCACUGUGGCACACUGAGCCCUGUGAAGCGGGUUCUACACCGCUGGAGAUCUGCGACGCAAGAAGCCCGCCUUCUGAAGCAAUACCACGCGAUCCAGCUGAACCAUGGCGGUCAGUUCUAGGAGGCCAAAUGUGGCUACUAGCCUUGUCGUUUUGACGGGGAUUCUCAUGCUCUUCAUGAGCAGUACUGCUGGCCAGGUCUUCACCGAUUUCAUCAACGAUGCCGGACAGCCGUUCGACUUCCAGUGCGGCAAGCAGACGCCAUUCUACGGUUACGGAAUGAGCGGUAUUGCCAGCGUCUUUCAAUCGACAAGCUCACUGAGGGACCCAUCUGAUCGACGAUGGAAAGUACUAUGUUCACCGGCAGAGACAUUGGCCCUAGAUGCCGGCGCCCUGGUCUGCACGGAGUACGGGCCAAUCAACUCCGCACCGGGGGUGGACCCGCUGGUAUUCAGGUGCCCCGGGCAAGGCUUCCUGUCCGGCUUCCGGUCGACGUAUGACAAGGACAUUGGCGAUCGCAGCUGGUGGCCGUUCUGCUGCAGACACAAGUUUGGAAGUGUUGUGGAUUGUGACGACCCCGUCAGGUAUCUCAACACACAUGGUAAUGACUUCAGCUACACUAUACCCAGUACACUGUCGGAGAGCACACGCCGAGUGCUCGUCGGCUUGGAAGGCUCCUACGUGGGCAUUGUUCCGUCAAGAAGAGAUCGAACAUGGAAAUACACCCAAUGCAAGCUUGUGGUAAACUGCACGAAGCCCCCAGCACCGACCCAUGGUGGCUUUAGCGGCGGUGGCCAGUACUUGUUCAACGAGACAGUGACCUACUCAUGUGAUGACUCCUAUUACCUGUCGGCUGGAUCAGCCAGUAGGACAUGCUUGAACACGGGGCUGUGGAGUGGAACACUGCCCACAUGUACUAAGUGUACGGCCAUCAGCAACUGCAAAGAGCUGAGGUGUACUGACGGAAACGACCAAUGGUGCGACGAAUGCGAUUCUACCUACCCAGGACUGAGCAGUGCCUACGUGAACACGAACCGCACGUGCGACGCUAUCUGUUCGUGGCAACGGCAGUUCUGCUACCCUGGUCAGUGUCCUGGUAGAACUGACACCUGCAACUGCUCGGCAGGCUUUACAGGGGAAAGCUGCUUGACAAUUACGGCCGUGUCAGAUCUGUCAUGUUCAGUGGAGCUAGUGGACAAUGGCGGUGGUAAUCGUCAGCAGACUACAUGCAGUGUCGCCAGCAGCAGCGGCGGCAUGGCACAAUCGCCAACGACCUUCUACAGCAAUGUCCAGCUAUCACUACUCAGCUUGCAGUGGGACGUGUCCUUCAUUUCACCAAGCCCCAUGCCUCUGCCAGCGUACAUAGUCAGGUCUGGCUACUCGGUGGGUGUCGUGGCAACACACGUGUCCGGCAAGUUAACACGUGCAUCAGCUCCGUCGACAGGUAUUGAAGAGAGUCAGCUGAACUGCACGGGUGUUAGUCUGUCGCGUGAUACGCCCGCUGUGGCCAUAGUGCCAUGCAGUGGCAAUGUCUCACUGUCUACACUGCCUCUGCACCGAGACGUAUACCAGCUGAAUGUGUCCGUGUCCAAUGGAGGGUACCUGACCCUGCAGAACUUUGACACGUCCAUGCCCGAGCGACACUUCUACCGUGGAGCAACACGCACUGAAGUCACGAACAUUGUGUUUGACUUCCAGCCUCCAGUCCACUGUUCCGUCGGUGGGACGCAGCGGUGUAGCGCUGGCGAGGACAUACUCAACGUGGGCAGUCCCAUCACACGUGAUUCAAACAUCACUGUCACGUUUGGCGGAUGGUUUGAAUCACCCUCGUCCAACCCUAUCAAGAUGUACACACUGGAGAGGCAUACACUGGAAGUAACAGCCAGCCGUACCGUAUGCGAAAAAGCAGCAAGCAAUGUGAGGCUAGCAGAGAUUCCCGGAGCGUCAACGCAGCCCAUCCUAUCAGUAGAUACAGCACUCCCGGGUGGAGAUGAUGCCUACUCGUUUGUGCUGGGUGUUGAGGAUAUCGCUGGUAAUGUUCAGUAUGCACGACGUUCGCUGAUCUCCGACACACAGUCAAGCAUCCGCAUAGACAGUGCACAGCCAAUACGCAUUGCCUCCGCAUACGCUAGUCAGAUCGAUGGGCAAACUGUUGCGUGGCAGCCGAACACGCACGACGACAUAAGCAUCACAGCGUCCGGACAUUUCUACAAUACACUGAUGCGGAAAAACAACUUCAUGCUCGGGCUGUGUAAGUUCCAGAGCCCUAUACUGGACGCUUACGACCAGCCGUUGUCCGGUCCGUUGCCUCGCGAUGGCAGGAGAAGUUCUGAAGGCAUAGUUGAAAUAUACUAUGCAGCCGUGGUGAAUCCAGCCAGUAUCAUGAUCGCGCCGGACAUGAGCGCCUUUAAACGCUCAACGAGCACGGCGGUCAGCAAUCUGACUCUACCCGUCAGCCGCAAGGACUCUGACACAGUGGUAGUGUGGUUGCUUGCUUACGACCUGCACAACCAAACUGCCAUGGACUAUGUGGUGUUUCGCACGGAUUCCACACCUCCUGCACUGGCCGGCCUCACUCUUAUUGUGAACACGGAGCGUACCAAUCUCUUCAACACGGAAGAUUUGACCAAACUUGCGUUUGAGUUUGAAUCGCAGGACGAGCAUAGCGGUCUGCAGUCGCUGCGAUGGUCGAUAGGCACAGCACGGUCUGGUGACGACAUUGGGCAGGGAAUGGUCAAUAUACGCAAUAAUGUCAGCUCCUGCUCACCUCCAUCUUGCAUCUGCGCCCAGCCUCUCAAUGCGCCCUGCCAAUCGACACGCUACAGCGUAUCGCUCGCCUCCUUGCCACGCCAGAGCCUGCGUCAGGACCACGACUACUUCUUGACCAUUGUGUCGACAAACAAUGCCGGUCUGCAGACAAGCAGAAUGUUGCAGUUCACCGUGGACGUGUCUCCACCCUACGGUGGUGUGGUGGUUGAUGAGGCACCCGGUCGGCAUGACGUCAACUUCCAGACUAUCCUAUACCAUCCACACUCCUGGUCUGGCUUUGUCGACGAUGUCUCCGCUAUCAACUACUACCAGGUGUAUGUUGGCAGCAGCUGCCUGACUGCUGGAAACUUCACGCACCCACCACAGUCGAUGGUCACUAACACCACGCGCACUGAUAACUUUGUGGUCCAUGCUGCACCGGGUACAUACUAUGUCACUGUGGUGGCUGUCAACAACGCCUAUCUCAUCUCAGCACCGGUAUGUUCGGACGGCGUCACCAUUGACACGACGGCACCGGUCGUUGAGCAGGUGAUCGUCAACAACACCAAGACCAUAGCUGGCAUUGCAAAAGACACGCUUGGCCAGGUGUGGUAUAUGGACACUGAUCAUCGCAGAGCGUUGGUAGACAUGCCAUCGACAGCAUGUGUGGCACGCGCUGCACUCAAUCCAGACAAGAUCCGGACUGUUCCCGUCCACAGAACUAGACGUGGGAGCAUACACACCGUACCUAACUCCUGGUGCAUGGAUGCUGCCAACGCUACAUUCGAGCUUUUCCUGGUCACGCCAAACGCCAUGCUCCUGUCCUGGCAAAGCUCAGACAUUGAGAGUGGCAUGAGAGGACACACUAUCACUGUGAGCACCCUUCCAGAUAGCUCUCUGGGAGUUACUGUCGCUACAUUUGAAACUCAACUGAAUCGUCGCACGGCACUCUUUGGCAAGUAUACAAGUGGUCUAGAGCAAGGCAAAAGUGUCUACGUGCACAUAACAGGUCAGAACAAUGCACUGCAAGAAACGGAGAUCACAGUUGGCCCAAUCUACAUCGAUGCAACACCACCGAUCUUCAACGCAUCACUCACUGUUGUCUGGGAUCAUUCUGCUGGUGUUCUCAGAUCAGUCAUCCCAUUCAAUGCGUCCCUGGAUGCUGACUUCUUCACACCGAUAUCCUAUUCAUUGGCUGUGGGAGAGACUCCAAUGGAUGAUCGCGUUAUGGCGUUCACACAAUGGACCUCGUCGCCCUCAUGUACCACAGCCAGACUAAUGUGCUCUGAAAUCCGUGCCUCCGACCUCUCAUCCCAGCUCCACUCCGGUCGUCUGUACUAUGUGACGCUACAUGCAACAAACGCUGCCGGACUCUCAUCGACAGUGCAGGCCCAGUUUAGCUAUAUUGCAGGCAUGCCAUCAGCGGGCAUGGUGCUAGACACUGCACCAUCACCAGCCGCCGUUGAGCAUCGCUCUGGUCUGGACUUUGCUUCCCAGGAUGUUGAUCUAUGCAUGACCGGUCCAGCGUGGAAUGCUCGCUGGCAUGGUUUCACCCACGCAUCUCAUGCCAUUGCGUAUGCCAUUGGUCUAGGCUCCAGGCCACAGGCUGAUGAUGUUGUUCAGUUCAGACCAGUUCCAGCUCCGCAGCAACUCUCAGUUAUGCUGAACGUAUCCAACGUAACACUGCAGACUGACUCUACAUACUACACCGUCAUCAAGGCAUGGAACGCUGUCGGCUCCAUUGUGGUCUCAUCGGAUGGCUGUCGCAUCCUCGGGGACACUGAGUCGAUGUUUGCUGCGGCCAGUGUGCGGGAUGGCCAUUCAAGUGUUGACAUAGACACACAGAUUUCCCAGCAGACUGUGGGUGUAAAUUGGCAAGUACCCAGUGGUCUGCAUGUAAGCCGUGUGUUCUGGAAGCUGCAGCAGCUAACACCUGUACAAAUGGACCUGACCGACUUCAAGCCAAUCUCCAGCACAGGAGCGUCCACGCAAAGACAUGUACUGAUCGCCGGCAAUCGCUAUCGCUCAGUCUUGCGUCUCUGCAAUGCAAACGCCUGCUACGGAGAUAAACUAUCGGACGGAUUCCUCGUCUCUGGACCAACUAGGCCUGGAUCCAUGCGGGCCGUGUACAACGCCUCAGCAUUGACGGUGCAAGUUAGCUGGGACUUGUUCAACACAUCCGGUGACAUGGCAUUUGUAGACUAUUACCAAGUGUCAAUUGGAACUAGCGAGAAGAGUGCUGGUGAAGAGCUACUGCUUCCCUGGUCAAUUGUUGGCAAUCCGGGCUUUAUCCGCCUACGGGAGCCUCUGGCGGCCUAUCACCAAGCAUCUGCCACUGUCCGUGCUCAUGUUGCUGAUGGAUAUUUUGUAAUGGCACACACGCCGGUUCUAUGGGUCAUGGAUGAUGGCAAGGUGGUGAAGCGCACCGACACAUUAAUCAAGCCCACAGUGUAUGAUCUUACUCCACUGCCAGUUCGUCAGCCAUUGCCCAGUGUAAGCUCUGAUUGGCGACUCGUCGAGCAGCAGUACCAGCUGUCCACGGAUAUCCAGUACUCGCCAGUGGCAACACGCAUAGCUGCCUCAUGGCCCUCGGUGCACUAUCCCGAAGUGAGUUGGUCGUUGUCAGACCGCCGUCUAUUCCUGCCAUGCACACACGGGAGCACCAAGGCAUGUGGAAGUGUCAAGGGCACUGUUCUCCAUGCCGAUGUUGCUGGUCUGGUUGAAGGACAGCGCUAUUACGUGUGUAUAUCGGCACCAGCCACAACUGUGCAUCAUGAACUGCACAAUGAAUCACUGCCGGGAAUUGCAUCCUGCAGCGACGGUUUUGUUCUCGACAGCAAGACACCCGUCGGUGGAUGUGUGUGGGCUGGUGGUCAGGCUGUUCUCCAGUCUAACUGCACAGCACCGUCAUUCUCCAGCAGUACUGCAGAACUGCCUGUGUCCUGGCAGGCCUUCUCCGAUGUAGAAGCACAUGGCAAAGCACCGCACAUGUCCGGAGUCAAAUACUACCAGAUUGGUCUUGGAACCCGACCUAGCAUGGAUGAUGUUGUAAAGUUUCACAGUGUUGGCCAGGCAUUAUCCACUGUCAUGAGAGAUCUCGCGAUGCGAUCAUCCAUCCAGUACUUUGCCACUGUACGAGCAUACGACUUUGCUGGCCAUUGGAGUCAGGUCACGUCGAAUCCUGUUCUGGUGGACCCGUCUCCACCAGAUGCAGGUUGGAUAACACUUGGGACAAGCUCGAGACCGCUUGAUUUGUUCAUUUCCUCGCGCACUCUCCUGGAAGCUAGCUGGCAUGGGUUUAUGGACAAGGAAAGUCCAGGCCUGCGCUAUUCAUGGGCCGUGGGCUCACGUCCAGGUGGUAGCAGUGAUCUGAUGGCCUACACUGAUGUCAAAUCACUGACGUACGGACGUGCCAGUGUUAACCUGGCAGAUGGCGACAUGGUGUUCAUCUCCGUUGUGGCAAGGAAUGAUGCAGACCUAUCAACCCUCGUCACAUCACCUGGCUUCCUGGUGGAUACAUCUGCACCUUCUCCAGGUGUAGUGUAUGAUGGUGAUAAUACUGUGGAUGUUGAUGACGUGUUUAAUGAUGCUGAUUACACUGACCGUGCUGACAGGAUGCUGUGUCGUUGGGCAGGAUUUGCAGACCCGCAGUCACAGCUGGCGGAGUACAGUCUGGCCGUGGGCACGUGUCGCCAGUGCACGGACGUUCAGAGCUGGAUGUCGGUGGGAUUGCGCACAGCGUACAGUCGCAACGACCUGCCGUUGCGGAGUGGCAGGACGUACUACUGCCGAAUCCGCGCGUGCAAUAGUGCGCGCCUGUGCACGGAGGCUGUGAGCGAUGGUAUCACGGUUGAUACCACACCGCCGAUCAUUGGCAAUGUAGUGUUGCCAGCACAUGUGACCAGUAACAGGUACUAUUCCUGGGCACAGGCUGCUGGAUUCCAUGAUCCGCACUCUUCCGUCAUGUCGUAUCGCUGGAUGGUAGGUGCAACAGCAGUCGUCAGUAGCAGUGACUAUCUUGGCCCAGUGUCUACCUUCUCCAGUCCUGUCUUUCAGUACACUAAUCACACAAGCAGUCUCCUACCCACCAGCGGGACUGCGUAUGUAUCGGCCGAGGUGCGUAACCAUGCCGACGCUGUUGUGCGGCAGCUGUCUCAGCCACUCGUGGUCGACAUGUCAAUCCCACAGCUGUCCAGCGGGCAGCAGGUGACGUUUGACGAACUCUGGGGUGGAUCUAUUCUUGCCGGUACGCAGACAUCGGCUGAGGGCGUCCGCAUCCGCUGGCAGUUAAGCACUCGACCAGCACGACAUGUAGUGACGCUCGCUGGGGCCGAUAGGCGCUUUGCUCACGUCCAGAAGGCUCACGGCAGUGCAACGUCAACAGUGCUACGAGCAUCGCUCAGCGACGGCGAGACAUACACUGCACACGUGACGGCUUGUAAUUUAGCCGACACCUGUGCCACAUUCUCCACCGGUCCUCUCCUUGUCGACUCAACACCACCGACUGUUGGCUACAUACAGGCUAUGAGCAACUCUUCGGCUCAGGCUACGGGUGGUACGGCAUCACGAAACAACCCGUCCUACCAAACCAUGCCAGAUGGUGUACAGGCAGCCGUCUUCACCAUUGCUGGGUUUUCCGACGCUCACAGCGGCAUCUCUCAGUACACGGUCAGCAUUGGCAGCAGCUAUUUUGCACUGGACCUUGCCAACAAUUCUCGUGUUGACGUCACCAAUGUUGUCGCAGGAGUGCUCCGUGUUCCUCUGAGUAGAAUCCUGCUGGCUGGAGAAAGACUCUUUGUGACGGUCGUAGCCUGGAACAAGGUUGGGCUGGGCUCCGUGCCUCUGCUGCGCAGCUUUAUUGUUCACGCAUCAACAACCGUGCCUGGUUCAGGCAGCCUGGUGUUGGAACGCUCUGCAGCCUGUCAGACUGUGAGCUGUCAAGGUCAUUGCACGUGCCCGCUGAACUCCGGGUUCUGCCAAGCAACUUCCUCCACAUGCCAGCCAUUAAAUGCAAGCAGCACAUCGCUGGUGACCCGGCCAGCAUCGGUCUUCGUGACACUCUCGCACCGCCAAGCCACCCCCGCUGCCGCUGUGUCCUCGAUACCAUCAUCACGGAUUGUCCAUACUUCUUGGACCAGACCACUAUCUACUAUCGGUGAUGUACAGUGGUAUGACUGGAGUUUGGGACUUGCCGAUGAAACACCGGGUUCAGGAGUGUUCAAUCCUGCCACCGAUCAAGUCUGGCAUCCCCUUGGCCAGCGGGAAAGCACGACGAUAUCCCUCGCAGCCAGGCAAAGGCUUCAACAUGGACAGCGCUACGUUGUGUAUGUGCGUGCUUGGUUCAACAGCAGUCACUACGCCGUCUUUGAGUCUGCUGUGUUCAGACCCGACCUGAAGCCACCACAACCGGUUCCAGGAAAGAGAUGCAGAGAAGUGGUAUCAAUGAGCAAGACCAGUGUGGAUAUUGACUACACAUCGUCAACAGACCAUCUGACGGUGUCUUGGACUGGUGUGUUUGACACUAGCAUACCCAGUACUAUAGAUAGAUACGAGGUUGGACUGGGAACAGCAGCAGGAGUGGAUGACACAGUUCAGUUCACAACGGUUGUGUCCACAGUGACCACGCACCGCUUUUCUGGCCUAUCACUGCACACCGGCAUGACAUACUAUGCAUCUGUGAUCGGCGUCAAUGGCAUCGGCGAGACUGGUGUAGCUCAGUCCGAUGGCAUACUGGUCGACACAACACCACCUGUUGCCGGAGAAAUCCGCUUGCUCAACACAGCACAUGGUGAUAAGCCAAUCGAGGCAUCAGCCAACAGUUCCGACGUCAGGGUGCAUGUGAACGGAGCCAACGACCCAGAGUCGGGCAUCGCCGCAUACAGCUUGGCCGUCGGGACUUCGCCAGGCCUGGCAGAUGUACUGGCAGUGAACGGUAGUUCAAUGGGUGCACUGCAGUACUGGCCACUGUCAGCUGCAGACCUUAGCCACAACACAACGUACUACGUUGCACUGACUGUCCGGAACGGAGCUGGUAAGUUUGCAACGCUCGCAUCCUCUGCUCAACUAAUCUACGACACUACCCGUCCAAGUACAUACUCCUGUCCGCAAAGCAGUUCAAGCAUCAGCAAUCCUUCCUUUGAAGCUCCCGGAGCUGUGACAUGUCCAACAGUGGUGCCGUCUGUUAUGCAAGCUACAUCCAGCUGGACACUAAACGCUACACGUAGCUAUGUGGACGUGUCCAGCAUGGCUAAUACAGCGCAUGGGUGUAUCUCUCUGGUCUUUGGCGGAGGGGCUCUACAGCAGAAGAUAGCAACCAGUGAAGCAGAGCUCUACACCGUCGAGAUGCACCUGCGAGUGGCAAACUGCUUCGAGUCAACAUGCCGCAAUGAGACCCUGUCGGCCAUUGUACUCUCUGUCAGGAUGGGAACCGAGAUAAGGUCAAUCAUGUUAUCACCACACUCGCCUGCAACAGCAUCUGCAUGGACUGUUGUCAAGCUGAAUUUUGCAGCAGAGUCAUCGGAAUCGGUCGUCAGCCUCGAGAGUCGCAGCUCAGUUGCAAUGGUAGCCGUUGGCCUGUUCAAUGUGUGGGCAUGCAACGGACCCGCUCUGGAUUCCGUUGCUCCGGAUGACAGUCUGAGAGUGCACAACUCCACGACUGUAUCACUGCAGCAGACAUAUCUGGAUGACGACAGAUCGCUGCUGCAGGCACGGUGGAACAUAGCAGAUGAUGAAAGCGGCAUACAGGAGUACCUCUGGGCGGUUGGCAGUGUGGCUGGAGGUGAGCAAUAUCAGAAAUUCACGUCAGCUGGUCAGCAGUCGUACGGGCAGACCACCAUGCUGCAGUACAUGAGUCAUGGAAGCAGUAUCUUUGUCACCGUGCUGGCAUGGAACAAGGCUGGCCAGGAGAGGCUGGUGUCGUCCACUGCACACCUGGUCGAUCACACACCGCCGGCACUUGGCCCCGUCUGGGACGGCAGUGUAGAUACUGACUGGCAAACGGGUCUGGAAAUCAGUGUUCACACGCCGCAGAGUGUGGACAGUGAGAGUGGCAUUGCGCAAUGCUCCUGGACAGUUGCAUCAAGUCGGUCACUGAAAAACGACAUUCUUCCGGCAAUGGAGAUCCAAGCUGGUAAGGUGUCCAGGCGCAACUUGUCAGCAAUGAACACGACUCACGGGCAAACUGUCUACUCAAGGGUAUGCUGCACGAAUGGAGCUGGCCUUGCGUUGUGUUCCGUGUCCGACGGCGUGACCAUUCUAACCAUGCCACCAUCUCUUGACCGGGUUGCCGUCGACAUUCAGGCUGCAGAUCAGGGCCCAUACGAUGCGGAGGCCAAUGUCAUCGCUCAAGCCGACGGCCUGUAUGCCAGCUGGGAUGCCGUUCAGUGGCCGCAUCAUGUCUCACAUUAUCAGCUGCGCAUUCCCGGUAGUUCAGCAGCAUGGACAAGUGUGGGGACGGCUAAUGGUGUUGUGCUGCGAGGAUUCACCCUUGCAGAUGGUGAUCAGCAGCUCGAGCUGAGGGCAGUAGACCUGGCCAACCAAAUCAGUGACACUGCACUAGCUAACUUCACGGUGGACACAAGUUUGCCUUCUGCAGCUGGAGGGAGUGUCAACAUAUCACGUUUGUCAAACGACUCCAUCACGUUGGACUGGGAUGAUGUUUUCAGCAGUGGAUCUUCAUCACUUCGUUACGAGGUAUCUCUUGGUACAGACUUCACUGGCAGUGAUAUUCUAGCCACGGCAUGUUGCACCCGUGACACAACACUGCUUAUCAAGUCUCGACUGCUUGCCAGAGCGGCAGCACAAAGCAACGUGCACCUCACACUCACCGCUGUAACCGCGGCUGGUCUACAGAGUACUGUGAUGCGUGUACUGGCUAUGCCUCCUUGCUGUCACUCCCCAGCAAGCAGGUAAAGAGCACCCUGUGACCGUGCUGGCCACGAGGGACUGCACUGCAUUUAUAGUGUCACACAAAGGCAGUCACACACAGUGACACAACAUUGCAUCCGACCCAGGGAUUCCCCCGGACAAGUAAAGGGUUUAUGAUUGUUUUUGAAUUAUUUAGGGAUAUGAUGUUGAGAUUUUUGACAAGCUCAGUUUGAGUGCUAAUUCUUGAUGUAAAAUAGUGUGCAAUACGUUGUCAAACCCUUUGUACAUGUCUACCAAAGAACUCACUACAUAUACUGUUUACUAACAAUUAGAGAUCUAUUUCAAUUUUAUUGACGCAUGCCAUCCCGAGGCAGCAGCUUUAUCUGUACCCCAUUUAUUUUGCUUUACAAAUAUAAGCGGAAUGAGAUGAUUCACCGUAGCGCGAACAAGCAGAAUUAGAUAAUCUCUGUGCAAAUUGUUAUAUUCAGUCUCAGUGUCUUAGUAGAUAUCCUUCUCUUCUGACUCUUUCACUUUGAUACUACCGUAAUCUUCAUCUUUUUCACUCUCGGUCUUUUAGUGCGAGUAACUAGAUUUCCUUCUUUA